AUGGAACCCUCAAGAACUGAUGCUAAGAAAGACCAAUUCAUUGGCUCUGUCAAGGACAAUGUUGGUGGUGCUGUUGGUAACGAAUCCAUGCAAUCCAAGGGCAAGACUCAAAAUGCUGCUGGUCAUGGUCAAGAAACUGCUGCCAAUGUGACUGACUACGUGAAGGGCGCUAUGGAUCAAGCUGCCGGUGCUGUCAAGGGUGCCUACAACUCUCUUACUGGUAACACUACUGGUGAAGCUCAAAACAAGAUGCAACAACACAAGGGUGAAGCUCAAAAAGAAUUCAGCUCUUCGUAA